UUACUACACCAUCUCACUCACUCUUCUAAGUUCUAACUUGUUUUAUCACCAAUUUUCUUCAGUCUCUAGCAACCAUGACAAAAGAUGUGCCUGAGCAAGGUUCUUUCUCCGCUAAGGACUACCACGACCCACCGCCCGCCCCGUUUAUCGACCCAGCAGAGCUCACGAAAUGGUCGUUCUACCGCGCCUUGAUCGCGGAGUUUAUUGCCACUCUUUUGUUCCUUUAUAUUACCGUCUUGACCGUUAUCGGCUACAAGAGCACCACUGACCCUAAAUUGAACGCUGACCAGUGCGGUGGCGUUGGUAUCCUCGGCAUCGCCUGGGCCUUCGGUGGCAUGAUCUUUGUUCUUGUUUACUGCACCGCCGGUAUCUCUGGUGGUCACAUUAACCCAGCGGUGACAUUUGGUCUGUUCCUGGCCCGUAAAGUGUCAUUGAUCCGAGCCGUUAUGUACAUGGUGGCUCAGUGUUUAGGAGCCAUUUGUGGUGUGGGCUUGGUCAAGGCUUUCAACAAAAGCCUCUACAACAGGUACGGCGGAGGAGCCAACGAGCUGGCGGACGGCUACAACACCGGCACAGGACUGGGCGCUGAAAUCAUUGGAACUUUCGUCCUCGUUUACACCGUCUUCUCCGCCACUGACCCCAAGAGAAGUGCCCGAGACUCACAUGUUCCUGUUUUGGCGCCGCUUCCGAUAGGGUUUGCCGUGUUCAUGGUGCACCUUGCCACCAUUCCCAUCACUGGAACCGGUAUCAACCCGGCCAGGAGUCUUGGAGCCGCGGUCAUUUACAACAAGGAUAAGGCGUGGGACGAUCAGUGGAUCUUCUGGGUGGGUCCGUUCGUUGGAGCAGCUAUUGCAGCUUUCUACCACCAAUUUAUUCUGAGAGCAGGUGCAGUCAAAGCUCUUGGAUCAUUCAGAAGCAGCACUCAUGUUUGAGAUUUAUGAAUUUAUCAAUUGUUGUACCCCAAAAUUUGAAAAAAAAUGAAAUAAUAUUAUUAUUUAUGUUUAUUUAACAA